AUGGUGGUCCUUCUUUCAGAACUUAUUUCAUGGCUCCGUGUGACACCAUUCGAGCUAGUCAUCCACUGCGUUAGUUUAGCCAUCUGCCUAUUUUUCUCAGUUUUGUACGAUGAGGCUAUCUGGUUAAUCGAUCGGACUCCUAGUCAAGCACUUUGGGUGAUUUUCUCUCCUCUCUUCACAGCCGACGCGUUCGCAGCAUACUUCAACCUCACGCUGCUUGCCAGACACAUUCACUUGAGCCAGCAACACGGAUUCUACAAAUAA